AUGAAGCCUGACACCAAUUUGGUUCUCCAAGCUCUCUUCUUUAUAGCUCUUCUGUCCGCUUCUCCUGCUUUAGGUGCUGAAACACCAAAAACGAUUGAGGGUGGUGAGGCGGCAGCUGUUGGGGCGGAUGGGCAGCACACCGGUGACAUGAAGCCGGUAAAUUAUGGGUACAAAUGGGGUAUAAAAGGCGGCGCCGGUCAUAGCAUCGGCUAUAACUGGCCAUAUAAGGGGCAUGGUUGGGGUUGGAAGGGUGCGUUUGGGGGAUGCAAGCUGGGCUGCUGCUUUAACUUUGCCGGAAAAUGUAAAUAUUGCUGCCGAAGCGUUGAAGAAGCCAAAGCUUAUAACAAAAAUUAUGAGCCCAAGCUUACUUCUCCAUAG